CCCCGGACCCUGCAUUUAGUAUAUCUGGUCUCCCCGGACCCUGCAUUCACUAUAUCUGGUCUCCCCAGACCCUGCAUUCACUAUAUCUGGUCUCCCCUGACCCUGCAUUCACUAUAUCUGGUCUCCCAGGACCCUGCAUUCACUAUAUCUGGUCUCCCAGGACCCUGCAUUCACUAUAUCUGGUCUCCCAGGACUCUGCAUUCACUAUAUCUGGUCUCCCGGACCCUGCAUUCACUAUAUCUGGUCUCCCCGGACCCUGCAUUUAGUAUAUCUGGUCUCCCCGGACCCUGCAUUCACUAUAUCUGGUCUCCCCAGACCCUGCAUUCACUAUAUCUGGUGUCCCCGGACCCUGCAUUCACUAUAUCUGUCUCCCCGGACCCUGCAUUCACUAUAUCCAGUCUCCCAGGACCCUGCAUUCACUAUAUCCGGUCUCCUACAGUACACAGAACAUAGAAAUGCAAUUAUUUUAGUAAAUAUAAACUGCUAAAUACCUUUUCUCAUCAGAAAUUAGAGUAGUCUUGUGACUUCUAUCAGUGUCCAGACAA